AUGAACCAUGAAAUCACCUGUGUGGUGUACGGUCUGAACUUCUGUGUGUUUCACCAGAAGUUCCUCAAGGCAGAUAUUACCGGGAAACUCAUAAUUCGCCAGAUGGAGGGUGAUUCAACUCUCCUGCGAAAAAAUGGUGUAUUAGCUACUGACAUCCCGACCGAUGUGCUCUUUGAGUACACGACACCCUGGCACACUCCUGAUGCUGCCAGGCUCACAUACAGCUGGGAUCUGGGCAAUGGGGAAUCUGUCACUGGGCGAGAUCCGCUUCUGCACUGCAGUUACACAGUACCGGGAAACUACACUCUCAAGUUGAGAGUUGGGGCAAGUGGCAAACACUCAAGAGUUAGUAGCAAGUUCACUAAAGAUAUACAGGUCCUGGAUGCCAUUAGAAGCAUUAAGUUGAAUGGACCAGCAAGUUAUAGUGUGGACCAAAACAUCAGUCUGACUCUACUUGUUGGUGGAAGCCCUCCCAAAUGGAUUUGCUGGCGGAUCCUGCCUGACUGCCUCUCCUCCCAUGUGACUGAGUGCAGCAUGAUGGAGCUCUACGACGACCAGCUCACGCUCCAACUCUCCUUCUCUUCUGUGGGCACCCACUGUUUGGAGAUCAGCGCUCAGAAUGACGUCAGCAUGCUGCACAUCUCGUACAGCAUCCAUAUCCAAAGCAGCCCUACCAGUCACCUGCUCUUCAUCCUGCCGUGUACCGUAGUCAUCCUGGCCAUCCUCAUCCUCAUCAGCAUCUCUGUGGUUUGUCCACAGCAUCUGAGAGGCUUCAACAAGAAAUCAGAGGUGCCAAUAAAGGCCUCCACCUACACGUGCCUGGAGAUGAAAAGCACAGAUGGGGCCAUCUCAUCUCCUCCACCCUCACAGAGAAAAGAAGAGCAUCCUCUCCUCUGCCAUCCAGGGACGCGUUAUUCCAUGUAGUAGUAUUCUGC